CUCUCUUUCAGCCCUGAUCUUAAUGGACAGAUUGGCUGCCAUUCAGAAGACGUCACGGAACUGUUUAUUUCGAGGAAGUUGUUGCUAAGUUAUUAUAUUAGCAAAGCUAGAUAAAUAUACACUGCUAAGUAAGUUGUGAAUGACCGCGUCGCAGAAGGGUACUACAGCAGAAGAGGAACAAUCAGCAGGAAAAAUGAAGCUGAAAUUCUCCACAAUGCCAGCCUGCUGUUUUUUAAUUCUACUCAUUGUUUUUUCUGGAUUCUCUGCAUGUCAUGGGCAUGGCACUGAGAACGACACUGUUUUGGGGAACAGCACUGUCACCCCGUUACUACUUGUCUCCUUUGAUGGCUUCAGGGCAGAUUACUUAAAGAAGUACAGCUUUCCAAACCUUGAGAAGUUAUUUUCUGAUGGCGUCCUUGUGGACCAUGUCUCUAACGUCUUUAUUACCAAAACUUUCCCCAACCAUUAUAGCAUAGUUACUGGCCGUUAUGCUGAAAGCCAUGGCAUUCUCUCAAGCAGUAUGUAUGAUCCGGACACAAAUAAGACAUUUUCUUUAAGCCAUGAUUCAGACUCGUUUUGGUGGGAGCAGGCCACACCACUCUGGGUAUCCAUUCAGCAGAAAGGUUACAAGAGUGCUGCAGCCAUGUGGCCUGGGACCGAUAUUAAGAUUCACAAUCUGACAGCUUCAUAUUUUUUAAAUUAUCAGCAUAAUGUGCCAUUUCAAGAGAGAGUUGACAACCUUACAAAAUGGCUUAGCCAAGAUUUAGUGAAGUUUGCAACAUUAUACUGGGAGGAGCCAGACUACUCCGGCCACUUCUAUGGGCCAGAUAAUACAAAAGAAAUGACAAAAGCUCUGAAACAAGUGGAUGAUCACAUUGGCUACCUGAUUGACAAACUCAAACAGACGGGGCUAUGGAGCAAUAUUAAUAUCAUCAUUACCAGUGAUCAUGGAAUGGUCCAGUGUUCCCCUGACAGGCUGAUACGGCUUGAUGACUGCAUUGGUCCAAAAAAUUACACCUUGGUGGAUUUUACUCCCGUUUCUGCAAUUUUACCACAGACUAAUGUAACUUACGUCUAUGAUUUGCUGAAGAAGUGUAACCCUCAUAUGAAAGUGUACAUGAAGGAGGACAUUCCAGAUAGGCUUCAUUACAAGAACAAUAGGAGGAUCCAGCCUAUCAUCCUUGUUGCUGACGAAGGCUGGACUAUUGUUCGGAAUGGAUCACUUCCUCGGUUUGGCGAUCAUGGCUAUGACAACACUUUACCCAGCAUGCACCCCUUUCUGGCAGCCCAUGGCCCUGCCUUUCGGAAGGGCUACAGACUGACCAGCAUCAACACCGUGGACAUCUACUCAUUAAUGUGCCAUCUGCUGAGACUGGAAGAGCAACCCAACAAUGGCACUUUCACCAACACAAAGUGUAUGCUUGCCAGCCAAUGGUGUGUUAACCUUCCAGAAGUCAUAGGGAUAGUCAUUGGUGUCUUUAUGGUGCUGACCACUCUAACAUGCCUGAUUAUCAUCAUGAAGAACAAAGGGUCAUCCUCGUCUCGCUCCUUUGCACGCCUAGAGCUGCAGGAAGAUGAUGACGACGAUGCAUUAAUUGGGUAGAAUGCAUUCGGGGGUCCUGUCAAAUAGAAAAAAAAAAAGUCUUAUUUUACCAUUAAUAUUACUGUUUUACCUCAUUCUAAUAAAUUGAUAUUUAAACCCCCACAUAAGCACAGUACAAUCGCAAAAGCCAGUUACACACCUGAAUUUGAGUGGUGUAACUUGGGAUUCUAAUGGGCUGAAAUACAAGGUAUUUCAAAACAUCCUGGCCCACUACAUGAUAUACUGUGCCAUUGACGAACAUUAUUUUUUCACCUGCAACAAGACAAAAGAAGCAUAAAAUCACUGUGGGCCAGGACUUUUGAAACACUUUGUAUAUAUUGGGUUAUGUUGGGGGAUAAUUUAAUUUCUAUUUAUAAAUGAAACUAAUACCCAUGGGACACCAUGUGGACCGAUUUUAACAAUUUGGAGAUCUUUUAAUCCAUCAAUAUAGUAAAAACAAACCAGAAAAUUGUAAUAAUAAUAAUACUUGCUACCUGUUACUGUAUAUCUUCCUGUGACAGGUUACCCAUAUUCUCCCAGCAGAGAUUAUUUUAACCCAUAAUAAUUUCAUUGUAAUCAUUGUAAUCAAAGAUAAUUAAAUCCAGUUUGUGAAUUUGGAAACUGCCUAUGUCAGGAGUCGUCACAUUGGAGCAACUGAUGUAAUCUAGGGAAUCGGAUCUUUGAAAUGAAAAUGUCCUUCUUUCUGAGUUGUUUUAGAGCUUUCAGUCCUGUAAUUGAAAUGCACUUUUACCCACCAGUAACCAAACAUACAUUAAAAUGGCUUCAGUUUUUCAGUUUGCACUGCAGAACAACCGAUAGUUCAGUCUUACACACUUUCCUUGUGUUCUUAACUUACCGAUGAUGUCACAAGCCAAUUUAUUUAAAUAUCCUACAUGGUUGUGCCAAGAGUUUAACUUCUUACUUAAGGAAUUAAAAUAUAUUGUAGAGGUUGUUUGUAAGUCUGAAAUAUCCGUAACUCUGAAAAUUUGUUUAAUGUGUACACCUGCUAUCUACACCCUUAAUCUGGUGAAUAAUAA